AUGUCCCUCGCCCAUCCCUCGCCUCCGCCGUUCUGUUCCCACGACAUUGCCACUGCGUCUCUGCCGGCCUCGAUCGAGCCCAAACCCGAGUCGGCACUUUCGACACUGCCGCUAUCACCACCAUCCGAGCACCCCGUUUCGCCGAAGCGGGCACUCUCGUUCCCAACCACAGACUCACAGCAUCCCGAGCACACAAACCCCUCCGAAGCACCGAGCAUUCCCUCCGGCACCCCACCGGCGGGGCUUGUGUCUGCUGAGGCCGGCGCCUCGCUUGGUCUCACCAAGCGCGAUAAAGCCAACUGUCAGCAUGUCCUAUUGUCGCUGAAGCGACACCCCAGCUCGUGGCCCUUUCUUGUCCCUGUCGAUCCGAUCAAUUCCGACGCACCCGACUAUUUCGAUGUCGUCAAGCGUCCCAUGGAUCUCUCCACCGUCGCCAAGAAGUUUGAUGCCGACGAGUACAAGUCCUGCAUUGCCUUUGUUGGCGAUCUGGAGCUGAUUUUUCACGCAUGUUUUGCAUACAAUCCCCCCGAAAACGAUAUCCAUAAGCUCGGCCGGUCGCUCGAGCAUCAUUUUGAUUUCAUCCUCACCAACAAGCUGCCUGCAGUCUCGCGCACAGAGGCCAAGAGGCACAUCGGCCUCGAAGUCGACGAGCCCGAAGUCCCCGAUGCACGACGCCACAAGAGAUCGCUGCGACCCGAUACGCACACCCCGACUGAUUCCAAGAAGGUGAAGCUCACCCUGAGUGCUCCGUCGGCAGCCAGUGAAUCUGGACCAGCACCCAAACCAGCGGCUGCUCCUGUCGAGCCCGAUUCCAAAAAGAAGCGAUCCUCGCGCACUGCCCUGCCCUCGCCUUCCACGGCUGCUGCUGGUGGUGCUGGUGGUGCCACACCGGAGCCCGCUGCAGCGACUGAAGAGGAUCUCCCGCCUUCGAAGCGCAAAAAGUCGUCCCGCGCGCCAAAGGCCGCUCCCAUCGCUCCUGCCGUCGCCCCUGCUGCCGUGGCCCCUGCAGCGCCCCAGCUGGAUGCAGACCAGAUAGCAAUUCAGCAACAGAUCGCACUGCUCAACACCUGUCUGGAAACCGUCAGCCGACAGAUGGCGCUGCUGAUUCCCAAGGCCCUCAACGAGAACAACGAAGAGCCCGAGAACACGGUCAAGCCGCCGUCCAAGUCGUCAAAGAGAAGCUCCAAGCCUUUGCGCAGCAAGAAUGCCAACGGCACUGCUGUCCCUGCAAGCUCAGCACCGACCUCGCUGUCGGCCCUGGAGGAGUCUCGCUCUCCCAGAACCGAGCAGCCGGCGAGCAAGCCGAAAAAGUCCAAAGCGUCAGCGGAAGCAGCUCCGUCGUCUGUGCCCCCCAAGGCCGAACCUGUCCCUGUCGAACCUGCGCCGCCGCCGACUCCGCGCUACUGCCUCAACUGCGGCGCCUCCGAGACCCCAAUGUGGCGUCGAGGCCCGACAGGGCCCAGGACUCUGUGCAACCGCUGCGGCGUCAAAUGGCGAAGCGGCAAGAUCCUUCAGGACGGCAAACUGCCGGACAAGCCUGUCAAGAUGGAGGGCCGGGCCUACGUGCGCAAAUCGGCGCCCAAGUUUGGUCUGGGCAAAGGAUUUGGCUCCUCCGGGGCGGCUGAGCUACCGCGUGCCAUCACAUCGACCGAGAAGACACAGCUUUCAGAGCUGAUCAAUCGGCUGCCGGAGCGGCGUCUCCAGGGCGUUAUCGAGAUUGUGCGCGCCGCCAUGCCGCAGCUCCGCGACACCCAGGAAGAAAUCGAGAUCGACAUUGACAGCCUCGAUCCCGAAACGCUCUACCAGCUCUACCAGUUUGUCAAGAAGUCCGUCCGCCAGGAGGAGCGUCGUGAGAAGGCCACCCAGAAGAAGGCUGCCAAGGCUGCCAGCCGCUCGCGCGGCUACGAUGGCGACUCCUCUUCCAGCUCCUCCGAAGACGAAGAGUCGGACAGCGGAAGCUCCUCGGGUUCUGAAUCGGAGUAA